AUGGACAACUGGAUGUAUGCUGCGUCGUUCAACGACAACAGCAGCAGCGGGGCCACUCCGGCCGAGAAUGCGUCCAACAACAAUGCCAACCUGUCGGCCUUUAGAGAUUCGACCUCGCCGGACUCGAGUGCGCGGAAUGCACAAGCCCAUCAGCAGCGGAUCAGACGGAGGAACAGGUUGAUUACUUCAUGCUUGGAGUGCCGCCGAAGGAAGCUCAAGUGUGACAAGACGGCACCAUGUACCAACUGCACGCGCUUCAAGCGCGACUGCUUGUAUCUGGCAUCUUCUGCCGACCCGUCCAGCCAGCAGAAGCUCGCGGACAUCAAGGAGAAGAUGGGUGCCCUCGAGAAGUCCCUCGAGCGUGAGAUUGCUGCCGGACAGCAGGCGAAGAUGCACUUGGGCGGCGCUAACGUAAGGAAGUCUUCUGCUGGAGAGGCUGCACUGGUUCAUGUCGAGGGUGAUGAAGAGGAUGAAGCGGCUGGGGAGGAUGAGGAAGGCCUUGAGCCCACUCCGCUCGCCUCCCUUGACAAUGUAUAUGAAGAUAACGCUGACGACGAGCUCAUGGAUCUUGGAGUACAGAUGGGUAAAAUGCGCAUAUCGGAACGUAUUGGAGGUUGGAUACGGCCGAAGCUAGUUGAAGAGUUGACUGAUACUCUGGAGGACGUCAAGGGGGGCAAAUCGAGACAUUCCCAAUCGCCUAUGGCCAAAGAUCACUUCGACUUGAGGCCGGGACAACCCCAACCGCGGAUUCAGGCUUCGCCGAAGAGCUAUAUUGGCCCCGGCCCAGAUUAUAUCGCACCCGCCUCAAGCUUCUUCUUCCCGGGCACUAACAUGAACACUUCGCUCAUCGACUACCUGCCAACGAAGAAUGUGUCCGACCAGCUCAUUGCGCAGUACUUCGCAGCGGUGCACCUGGUGGCUCGAGCGGUCCACAGGCCUACCUUUGAGGCCCAAUAUGCUCUGUUCUGGGGCCAGAUAGCCACGGGUACAGAGCCGGUGCCCUCACACCAAGCUAUCAUCUUUGCUGCCAUGCUCUCGGCGGCGGUGAGCUUGUCCGACGAACAGGUGUCGAGGAUGUUCGGCACGACCAAGGCAGCGCUAGUGGACAGCCUGCGAUCUGGCACCGAGAUGGCACUCUCUAAAGCCAACUUCUUGCGAACGACGAAAACGGAUACAAUGCAGGCGUUCGUGAUGUACCUCAUCCCUCUCAUCAGAGCUGAGGUCUCAAGAGCACACUCAGCGUUGGUCGGUACUGCGAUCCGCCUCGCAGAAUGCAUGGGCUUACACCGAGAUGGCACAUAUUACAACAUGAGCCCGAUAGACGUCCAAGUGAGGCGCUUGAUCUGGCACCAGUUAUGCUUCCUCGACAUGCGAACAUGCGAGGCCACCGGACCACGACCGCAGAUCCGCAAGGACGACUACGACACAAAGUUCCCGCUGAACGUCAACGAUGUGGACCUACUGAGUGAUGCACCUCCAACUGAAGAUCGUCCGUACUGGACCGACAUGACUAUCUUCCGCAUCCGAUGCGAGUGCGUGGAUCUACGACGGCAAUGCUGGUUCGACAUCGUACAAAUCGACAAAAAGAAGAAAACGCUUACAUCUUCGCUCGUCAAGAUACAGAAGACUCGCUCACAGCUGACGGAGAAAUACCUACCCAUGGUCGACGAGUCUGUGCCGGUUCAGGCGUAUGGCAAGCACGUGUUGAUCAUGGGUCUCAAUGCCUGCUUCGUCCAAGUCUUACAUCGCUACUUAUUCUCGACAACCCAGCGGAUGCCUGAUCGACUGCGUCAGAUCUUGAUUGAAGCUGGUGUGGCUGUGAUGGAGAACGCCAUCGCUGUGGAAACGAAGCGUGAGCUGGCGCCUUGGGUGUGGUACAAAGGAGCGCUCAAUCAGUUCCACCAGGCUCUAUUGCUCAUGGUCGAAGUCUACGCCUAUCCGAUGCGAAAGGAUGCAGCAAGAAUCUGGAAGUGUCUCGACUACAUUUUCGACAUUCCGCCACACCUGUCACCAAAGCAGAAGGCCGAGCUGGUGAUUACCGAUCUAAGGGACCGCAUGCAAGUUUUCCAUGAGAUGCGCAAAGUCAGGACCACUACGCAGAUGGAGGAAAGAGUCGUUGCUUUGAAGGAGUCAUCUCACCGUGACCCAAUGGCAUCCAAUCUCUCUACCUUGGCUGACACUCAGGCGAGCGGCCCUCCGUUUACCCAGCAGCUGGGGUAUCAGACCGUCGGGGGUGGCCUGCUACCGGCGAGCUUCAGCCCUCCACCUGCUGAACAUACAGAGUCGAGCGGUAGUGGUAGUAGGCAGGGCAGUGUCCAAGGUCAGUCGACGGGAGAUAUUCAGAUGAACGCUAUGGAAGACAUUGACUGGAACGAGUGGGACAAAUACUUUAAUCCUUUGGAGAAUACGGGUGACAUCAACAUCCCCAACUUCAACAUCGAGGACUUCACCGGCUACAACUCGCAGGCUAUGGAUCCAAUGUCGUACAACAAUACGAAUGUUGGUGGCUUCAACAUUCCCUCAGCACAGGAUCUAGCGGACGUCAACUUCACCCAGACCUUCGUGCCGAACUCGAACCAAUCCUUCCCUCGGCCACACUAUUAG